AUUAAACAUUUCCUGAAAUUCAAAUUUGAAACCUGUGCUAUAUAUUUGAGUUUGAGCCCAUGUGUUAAGACUUCCUGUGGAAGAAAUCUUGUCAAUGCUGUCCUACCUUAGAACAAUCAGUGACGUCGAGCAUGCAUAUAGGCCCGAAUAACGCAGUGACGACGACAAAGAAGAAGAAACACGCAAAGCUGUCGGCGUACAUUACGGUAUUUUUCUCGAUCAUCACCUUCUUGGCAUACACUGUUGGCCUCUGCAGUGUUAACUGGAGCUUGAAAAUUGUGAAAGGCAAGAUAGUUGACUAUGAAGGUCUGUUCUUGACGUGUACCGAGAUAGAAUGCAAGUUCCAGAACGAAGGAGCUAUCCGUAAAACAGCACAUUUUCUCGCCCUCGUCAUGUCGCUUAUCUACUACACCAAUGUCGUCUUACAACUAAUGGCUGUCUACAGCAAAUGUUACUGUCCGACUGUCUAUACAUUGUUGUAUUACACAUCAGCUGUCAUUGCCUUCAUGUUAGUUCUGGUCUACCCGACGUUUUUAAGAUGGUCAGAGCCAGACAAAGAGAUCAGGUUAGACUGGGGAUACUUCACUUUCCUUUUCGCCCUUUUUAUGAUGAUAACCAUGGGGAUGCGCUGUUGUAGAUAUUCUAAGGCCUACUGCUGCAGGUACUAUGUUGGGCUGUAUUAG